GGCUUGCCCCAGCAAAGUUUUCCCUGGCUUACCCCCAGCAAAGUUUUCCCUGGCUUACCCCCAGCAAAGUUUUCCCUGGCUUACCCCCAGCAAAGUUUUCCCUGGCUUACCCCCAGCAAAGUUUUCAAAGGAUUACACCCAUAGCAAAGUUUUCCCUGGCUUACUCCAGCUAAGUUUCCCCUGGCUUACUCCCAGCAAAGUUUUCCCUGGCUUACCCCCAGCAAAGUUUUCCCUGGCUUACCCCCAGCAAAGUUUUCCCUGUCUUACUCCAGCAAAGGUUUCCCUGUCUUACUCCAAGCAAAGUUUGCCCUGGCUUACUCUCAGCAAAGUUUUCCCUGGCUUACUCCAGCUAAGUUUUCCCUGGCUUACUCCCAGCAAAGUUUUCCCUGGCUUACCCCCAGCAAAGUUUUCCCUGUCUUACUCCAGCAAAGGUUUCCCUGUCUUACUCCAAGCAAAGUUUGCCCUGGUUUACUCUCAGCAAAGUUUUCCUUGGCUUACUCCAGCUAAGUUUUCCCUGGCUUACCCCAGCGAGUAUUACAUAAAUAGCUGAUGGCUCACUGUGUAGGUACAUUUUAGUGCCGCGUCACGACCCACGUCAUGUGAUGUUUGUGAGAUGGUACAAUGUCAUAUAUUGUUGGAACUGUCAAGUGUGUCCUGUGAUAAGCCUGCAUAAGGGGCAUAAUAGUUUUAGAGUAAGUUUUAUUGUGAGAUCUAUACAUAUCAGUAUAUUCUAUACAUGUCUGAAGCUUAGCUAAGACAGACUUGAGAAGUGUUUGUGUGUUUUAUUGCAAGUAUAUUUACUAUAUUAUAAAACCUUGCAUUGUUAAAGUGUCGUUGUAUGAUGAUAAAGGUGAGAAGCUUCUGGAAUUCUCUCUUGCGUACAGUUGUUGAUCUCAUGACCAUCACAUGUUUAUGCGUCUCAAUACACAGGCGCCUCACGUCAACACCUCAAAUAAGGCGUAAUGUUACGCUGGCGUUAUGUCUGUUCUCCUGGUAUUAUGGCGUCAUCAAGUAUCGCAAUAAAUUAUAGUCGAAUCACAGUGACGUCACGAUUGUCGUCCCUUCCCCCCCCCAUUCCUCAUUUCAGGUGGAGGGAUGCAGUGAGGAAGAAAGUGAAGAUGGCUUACUAGCAAAUAAUUAUAUUCUUAAUUUUAUAGUUGUGCACGGGUAAGCUAGUGGAAGGCCUCGGUCAGAUUACCAAAAGCUCCAGUGGCAAGUUAUCAUAUGACUAACACCUACGUCAAGAAACAUUUGUCCUAUUUUUUGACUGAAUGUUACUUAAGUAGUGUAAUCUGUUGUGUCAUCACUGGUGACUCUUUACCAUUCAGAGUUACCUAUUUACUCCUGCACAGUAGUACUGUAACUAAAUGUCCUCUGACGUGUGUUUUAGAGUGCUCGGUUGAUUAUUCUAAGACUCGGUUGCCUACCACACAGAUUACCAUGGCUGGGGAUUUAGAGAACAUGGAGUUGGUGAUGCUGACUCCUGAAGACUUUGAGGAGGUGGCUGAACUAUUUAAGCAUCACUUUCUCAAGAAGAACCCACUUUUCAUCGCGGCCAACGAAACGCAUUAUGAGGGGUCCAGUGUCAGUGUAAUAAAAUUAAGUCUGGAUUCUGGCUUUUCUCUCGGCGUCAGAGAGAAGACAAACAAAAAGCUGGUUGGCGUCAGAUUAACUACUGUAAAAAAAUGUGGAUCAACUACGCAAAAAUGGUACAGAUGAACUGUGCAAAGAGAGUGUUGCGCUCCGCAUCCUGGCCAUGAUUGAUGCUGAUGCAGCUAUGUUCCCAGAUGGCACAUGCUUCCUCUACUUACUAUUGGUGUGUGUCCACUCAAGCUACUGUGGUCGAGGCAUCGCACGCAUGAUGAUCCAGGUAAUGAGGCAACAAAUGGUAAUAUAAUACCAACAAGCUAGUCUGGUCGAAUCAUCGCACGCAUGAUGAUCCAGGUAAUGAGGCAACAAAUGGUAAUAUAAUACCAACAAGCUAGUCUGGUCGAAGCAUCGCACGCAUGAUGAUCCAGGUAAUGGUGAUUUAAUGCUAACACAUAUAUAAGACAUGAAUAACUAGUAUGUUUCAUUAAGAUGUAUCGCUAACCAGUGCCUAUACCAAUCCAGUCAUUCUUACAUUAAUGAUCCAGGUAAUCGUACUUGACUUGUAAGAGAGGGUAACGGUGCUUCAACGCUAGUGAAGUAUUCUUUACCUAAGAGAUCUUCAUCCAGGUAAUUGGACCAAAUUUACGAUGUCACUGAUGUUUUCGUAUACAUAAUCUUUCCACGGAAGGUGCUGGAGAUGGGGCGUGAGCGUGGUAUAGAUGCAGCAUGUGUGCAGGUGACCAAUACUUUGACUGCUAAGAUCUUCACUCGUCUGGGUUUUGAAAUUGUUAACUCUCUGGACCUGUCAACCAUCGCUGAUGAGUUUGGCCUUGACCUCUCACUUAUACCACAGGAGGAAACUACCAUCAAACUCAUGCUCAAACGCUAGAGAGAUUGGCUUUGUUAGAAGUUCUCUUGUACUUGCUUUAAGAUUAUGCUGACCUUCCAGUGUGAUCUUUGUCCAUUACGUGUGUGUCGUACAGCCUGGAGUUUCACGACUCACUCGCCAUGAGUUCAAACUUCACCCGUUCUGUGGUUUGGGAAAUGAAAAGUAAUCAGGAGUGAUGCAAGGAACUAUUGGAUAGAACUAAUUCCAUAGAAUAAGAACCCUUCACCGGCAUCAAAUAAAUCUCUUCCCGUGAGAAAGGUUCUCACUGGUACGUCGUAUUUGUAUCAGGAUGUAUUAUCACAAUGUUUGUUCUAAAUGAUAUUCCUCGUGAAUACUCUUCUUAGGUACCUCUUAUUGUUAUUAACAUUUUUUGUUAUUUUUUGUUGCAGCUUUCAUUACCAUAAAAUAAGACGGUUAUAUAUAUAUAGACCUUCCCCCUUGCUAUAACUUCAUCCCAAUAGGGUCGGAGACCCUUGGAGCAUGGGGCAAAUGUACUCUAAAGUUCCUCAAAGAGCUGGAUGAAAAGCUCAUCAUAGAAACCAAGGACCACAGGGCGACCAGCUUCCUCUUUCAGAGACUCAGUGUUGCGAUCCAGAGAGCAAAUGCCUGCAGCAUUCUGGGCACGCGGCCCACCGCAGGGGAGCUGGACGAAGUAUUCAGAUGUAGCUCUGAGUUACCUAUGUUGUUUUACUUUCUGUUGUAUUUUUGUGAAUGUUUGGCCAAUGUAUUUUGUCUUUAAAUAAAACAUACUUGAAAUAUGGGGGUGGUAGGAGAAAAUUCUGAAACAGCUUCAGGGAAAACCUUGAGUUUUCCCUGAAGCAAGUUUCUUUUCUCUGAGGAUGAGGGUCCC